AUGGGUCGACCUCCCAGCAAUGGCGGCCCUGCCUUUCGCUUCACCCACACUGAGGUUGCUGAGAUGGAAGCAAUCCUGCAACACCACAAUCAAAUAAUGCCAGCUCGUGAGGUUCUUGUGGGCAUUGCUGAGAGGUUCAGUGAAUCUCCAGAGCGAAAAGGGAAGAUUGCGGUGCAAAUGAAGCAAGUAUGGAACUGGUUCCAAAACAGGCGUUAUGCUAUAAGAGCCAAACAAGGCAAGUCCCCUGCGAAGCUAAAUAUAACACCAGUGCAUCGGGAUGAGUUCCAUACAGUGAAAAAUGCUGCACAACCUGUAGCUACUCCUGCAUCUAUUCAUGCAACUACUAACAUGGCUGCUCCUUCAGUUCCAAUUACAGGAAGGGCAAUGCCAGAAACUGCAAUCAUGGAAUUUGAAGCCAAAUCUGCUAGAGAUGGUGCAUGGUAUGAUGUUGCAACAUUCCUGUCUCGUAGAUACCUGGACACCGUUGAUCCGGAGGUACUGGUUAGGUUUUCUGGUUUUGGACCAGAUGAGGAUGAGUGGCUCAAUGUUAGCAAGAAUGUAAGGCAGCGUUCCCUUCCAUGUGAAGCAUCCGAAUGUGUUGCGGUUCUUCCUGGAGACCUCAUUUUAUGUUUCCAGGAAGGCAAAGAUCAAGCACUAUACUACGAUGCACAUGUUCUUGAUGCCCAAAGAAGGCGACAUGAUGUAAGAGGUUGCCGUUGUAGGUUUUUGGUGCGUUAUGAUCACGAUCAGUCUGAGGAAAUCGUGCCUCUCAGAAAAAUUUGCCGCAGACCGGAAACUGAUUACCGAUUGCAACUACUCCAUGCAGCAACAGAGUCGGUAAAUCACGAGCAGCAGAAAGCCGGUGGAGACCAAUCUAGUAAUAUCGGUAUCCAAAGGAUCUCUGCGCAUAGUACAGAAGCGGUGCCAAAGCCUAAUACUACCACUGCAGCUACCAAGAUCGCAAUGGAACCAAAAGCUGUCGAAAGCAGCAGCAGCAGCAGCAUUAUGGUGAACGCUGGAAACCCUGUGCAGCUUGUCCCUAACCCUAGUGUUUCUUUACCGCCAACGGGCUUAACUGCUCAGAGUAUUCCUCCUGGUGUCUCCAGUUAG